GAAGGCAUCAUGCGCAAAGCCUCAUGGGAGCUGUCACUGAAACUGCAGCCUCGGUCCUUCCGUUGUUGCUGUUUAGCUAAUUUAACAUCCUGCUUAAAACAUGUAUCGACUGACAAUAACGUAAACCGGACAAAGAUAUCCUCCUCGGGAUAUUAUGUUGACCCUUAUCGUCAGUUUCGCUUUUAAAAAGUGUGUCUCUUACGUACAGUGCCGCUUAGUAGCAGCCACGCUAGCGUGUUUACUUACUGUCUAGCCUACAAGUUAUGAGGCGUUCAGAGUAGGGGUAAAUAUUAUGGUUAUUAUUAUUUGAAGCCGUAACGACAAGUGGCUGGUCUUCAAAUCAACUGCAUUUUCGUAAUAUUUUUAAUCAUUGCAUUUUAUUGUAUCGUAACACCGUUACAAAAUGAUAAGGAUACUUUCAAUGUCGAGCAUUAGUGAAUGCAUCACCCCAAUGCAUCAUGGGCGCUAUCACUUCACAAGGCAGCCAUGGCAACAUAUGGCGGCGAGCAGGAGACGGCGGAAAACUCAACUUUUGUCUUUUUCCACUGGAACUUUUCGCCGUUUUUAUCUCUUCUAUAAUUAUUCAGUAUUUUACUCUUCUUUGUAAUGUUGACCCUACUCGGCAUGGAUUGACAUUAUGGAUAUUACAUCGCUCGUUAUUUUGGAGCGCCGAUUAAGCAACUGAUUUUUUUAAAAACACAAAACAAAAACAAGCACCAAAACGAAAAAUCGUGUUGGUCAUUACGAAACCGCCAUGUUUGCGAUUCUACGAAAUUACGAAAGUUGACCGGAGCCAAGUGAUUCCUUCCUUCCUUCCCUCGCCGUCAUGUCCGCGGGGAAAGAGCCUGCGGACGCCGGUGGGAGCGGCCUGCUACGAGGCGGCCGGAGCAGCAGGUCCUACGGCAGCCUGGUCCGGUCCAAUCUGUCCCCGGUCCGACGAAGACAUAUCGAACAUCCCAUCCAGCCCGGCGAAACCCUCCAAGGCCUCGCUCUCAAAUACGGAGUCACUACGGAGCAAAUCAAACGAGUCAACCGUCUGUACACCAACGACUCCAUCUUCCUGAAGAGGUCCUUGUCCAUCCCCGUGCCGUCGCACUCAGAGGCUCACAACGCUGCAACCGACGCUGACAACGAAGAGGAGGAGGAUGGCGAUGACAAAGAUGCGCGUUUGGGCGACCAGGUUUUCCGGACCGCGAACGGCCCGACGGCGAGCCCCUUUUGCGCCACCAAAGAAUUGACGGCGGCGGAUUUCUUCAGCCGAUUGGACGGCGUUAUCAGCGAGUCCAAGCGGGCAGCCGCCAGGAGAUGGCAGGAUGCGGAGAAGAGGCUCGCCGACCUGGAGACGAUUUGCUCCAGCAGUUUGAGCGAGCGUCCGCGGUCACCUUCGGGCAGGCGUCAGCGGGCGCCGCCAUCCGCCGCCGCGGUGCCGCCCACCACCACCAAGCUGACAAUGAAGCUGAGGGAGCGAGAGGAUGACUUGUUUGAGCUGUGAAGCGACAACACUAACGUGUGUGACACUGAGCCCCGGGUAUGCUUUGAAAUACAUUUUGAACACUAUUUCAUCCCGAUGUGGUGCUGCAUAUGGACUGCGUGUGACAUGUCACAUGAAGGCAAGUCACAUGUUGGCGGUCUUGAGACGUGUGUGAAGCGGCCUCACAGGCCCAACUCGCAACAACAGGCAAUAUUGUUCCCCGCUUAUUAACUUAUGCACUGAAUGAAGCUUAUUUCUUACAGGACACUGGGGGUUUGAUUUCAUGAUAAUUGGUAUAAUCGUGUUGAGAGGAAGGUUAUGUAGAGUUUAUUAAACAUUUGAUGUUUGAAAAGUGCACCGCGUGCAGUAGUGUGUUUGCUCACCUAAGUGUUUUAGGUUUCAUAAUAAUUUAAAAACUUGAUAUUAUUGAAUAAAUGUAAAUUAGCAAAACGUUAUUGACAAUGACUGGUUGUUGUAAUGGUAUCGUUAUUUAUUACGUGAAUACAUAUUUUUAUUUAACAA